AUGAAUACUUAUUACAGUGUUUUUCUUUUCAUAUACGCUUUCCUUGGAUUAAGUUAUUAUAAUGCAGCAAUUACGCCAAAUACUAAAUGUAAAAAUGGAUUUUUGGCUCAAAUGAGUAACCAUUUAGAAUGUCGAUGUAAUGAAAACUUUGUACACGUGUCUAAUGAUACUUGUGAAAAAAAAGUUGAAUGCUCUGUGGAUACAGUUGAUAAGGCAUGUGGUGAAUUUUCAAAAUGUGUUAUGCAUGAAAACGAAGGCAAAGCGACAUACACAUGUGACUGUAUAAACGCAUAUGCUGUAAAAGGUGAUAUAUGUGUUCCAGAAACUUGCCAAAAUAUUGAAUGUGGCUUUGGUAAAUGUAUAAUAAAUGAGGAUGCUGUAAAUGACCCACCAAUAUGUUCUUGUAAUAUAGGAUAUGUUGUAAAUACUGAGGAUGGAAACAAAUGUACAACAGAAGGAGAUACCAAAUGCUCAUUAGUUUGCGGUGAAGAACACCAAAUAUGCAAAAAGAUAAAUGAUUUCUAUAGGUGUGACUGUGACGAGGGCUUUAAACUUAACGUUGAAGAAGAAAAAUGUGUCUCACAUUCAAUAUAUAGCAUGUUAAAUCUAAGCGUUAUAUUUGUCAUUUUACUAUUAUUCUCAAAUAUCAUUUAA